AUGUUCUCAGUCCUUCGCUUGACGUCGUUCAUCGCCUUUGCGCUCGCCGUUUGUGCAUCGCCUAUUGUCACCAUUCAGAACAAUGGUAUCAGUGUCCCUCUCACGAAGCGCGUCAACAUCACCAGCGGCCACGACCUUCUUGCGAAGGACCGUGCACGCGUAGGUCGGCUACGCUCGGGCGGCUCUGCUUCAAAGUUACAGUCGAGAGCUGGCUCCGUUCCGGUCACGAACGAGGCUGUCAUUUACACUGCGGCCGUUGACGUGGGGAGUCCUCCUACGACAUUUAAUCUGAUUGUGGACACUGGGAGCUCCAAUACCUGGGUGGGAGCUACGACAAGGUUCACACCUACAAGUACCACCACGUCUACCGGAGGCAUCGUGGAAGUCACAUAUGGCUCGGGCUUUGUACUCGGAGAAGAGUUCACAGAUCAGGUUAGCCUGGGUGGCGGCCUCGUGAUACCGAAACAGUCCAUUGGUGCUGCAAUCCUUUCCCAAGGAUUCUCACCGGAUGACGGUAUUCUGGGUAUCGGGCCAGUGGAUCUUACGGAGGACACAGUCACCAAUGCUGCUACCGUCCCUACAGUCACCGACAACCUAUUCGCGCAGGGGAUCAUCUCUACUGAAGUCGUCGGGGUAUCCUUCCAACCCACGACCUCCGAUUCAGUCACCAAUGGAGAGCUCACGUUUGGCGGCACAGACUCUAGCAAGUUCACAGGGGACAUAACCUUCACGCCCAUCACCUCGACGUCUCCUGCGAACGAGUUCUGGGGCAUUGACCAGACCGUUGCUUAUGGCGACGCGACGAUCCUUCCUACUACUGCUGGGAUUGUUGACACUGGUACCACACUUCUACUCAUCGCAACUGAUGCGUUCAAUGCGUACACUGCCGCGACAGGAGCCACACCUGAUAGUACAACUGGUUUGCUUAGUGUAACACCUGACCAGUUUGCUGCACUCAAGAGCCUAUUCUUCACUAUUGGUGGCAGGACGUUUGAAUUCACCCCGAAUGCCCAGCUCUGGCCACGUUCCUUGAAUGCGGACAUCGGCGGGGACCCGGACGGGAUCUUCCUCAUCGUUGGAGACAUCGGUACCAACUCGGGUGAAGGCCUUGACUUCAUCAAUGGAUUCGCCUUCCUCGAGCGCUUCUACAGUGUCUUUGACACCACGAACUCCCGAGUCGGGUUCGCCACGACGCCCUUCACGAACGCCACGACGAAUUGA